UGGGCCGAGCCUACGUGUGGGAUAGAGAACAAUAAAACGCGUAUUCUCUUCCACAUAGGAAGGUUUUUCUUUUUGUUUUCUCAUUACAAGUUGAGGCAUAAAUACAGAGAUUCCAAAAUGUCUCGAAUAUCCAUUUCGGGAAUGCACCUUUCUCUUGGAUAUAUUCUUAUCAGCCUGAUAGCUGUGAACGGCCUUGUGGAGCAGGGGAUGUACCAGAGCUCGAGGAACCAACGGAAUCUCGAAACCAACUCGGCAACAGGCAUCACGGGCUCCUUUCCUUUCCUGAUGCCCAAGGUUUCCCCGCAAACUCCGGAUCUGUACUUGUGCACCCCCAUCAAAGUCGAUCCAACUACUACUUACUAUAUUGUUGGAUUCAAUCCCAAUGCCACCAUGAACACGGCCCACCACAUGUUGCUCUAUGGAUGCGGCGAGCCCGGAACUACAAGGACCACUUGGAACUGCGGAGAGAUGAACCGAGCUUCGGACGAGGACUCGGCCAGUCCCUGUGGACCACAUUCAAACUCUCAGAUAAUUUACGCUUGGGCGAGAGACGCUCAAAAGCUAAACUUGCCCCCGGGAGUUGGCUUCAAGGUUGGCAAAGACUCACCGAUCAAGUACUUGGUACUACAAGUCCAUUAUGCCCACAUUGGCAAAUUCAAGGACGGUUCAACUGAUGACUCCGGUGUGUUCCUGGACUACACAGAGGAGCCGCGAAAGAAGUUGGCCGGAACACUGUUACUGGGCACCGACGGUGCGAUCCCAGCCAUGAAAACGGAGCAUCUGGAAACGGCCUGCGAAAUAAAUGAGAAAAAGGUACUGCAUCCGUUCGCAUAUCGGGUUCAUACCCACGGCCUGGGGAAGGUGGUUUCGGGCUACAGGGUCCGAUCGAACAGCGAUGGCGUGCAGGAAUGGCUGCAGCUUGGCAAGCGCGACCCGCUCACGCCGCAAAUGUUCUACAACGCAAGCAGCACUGAGCCCAUCGUCGAAGGAGACACGAUUGCCGUGCGUUGCACCUUGCAGAGCACCCGUAAUCGCGUCACCAAAGUCGGUCCCACGAAUGAGGACGAAAUGUGCAACUUUUAUCUCAUGUACUAUGUGGAUCAUGGCGAGACUUUGGACAUGAAGUUCUGCUUUAGCCAGGGCGCUCCCUACUAUUACUGGUCGAACCCCGACACUGGCCUGCACAACAUCCCACAUAUCGAGGCGAGCACCUUGUAAUUUGCCGUCAAGUCUGCGCUCGGAAAGUGAAACGAAUGUAUACUAGUUUACUGUCUGGAUUAUGAUUUCGUUGUGCCGUACUUCGGCCGUAUGCUGUAUCUCCUGUUCUGUUCGUCGAUUCCUGUUGCAGAGCGACCACCAAUAAUUAUUUAUGUAAAAAUAUAUAAUAUGUGUACGUGUAAAUAAACAUAUGUAGAUACUUCGCAACCCCCAA